AUGAACGCUUAAAUUUGUGACACACAAGAAAAAAAGCACGUACUAAGCUAAAGUAAACCGCAGCAAUGUUUGUAAUUGCAGCAUUAAUUGUUAAUAGUAUGUAUUUGAUCAAUGCUCAGGAUCUACAGUUUCCGCGGGAAAUGCCUCAGUAUCACGACGGUGGCGGUUUGCCGUUCUCGCCGGUUCUGAAGGAUAAACAGGAGAAGUUUAACCUCCGACGGGAGAGUUUUUCACCGGAGAGCCCUCUGAGCUCCACUGGCUCUCAGCGCUGUGUGGUGCCGCAGUUUGAGCGCAUUGAGUGCGGAGAGCCGGACAUCUCUCCGACCGAGUGUGAAGACAUCAGCUGCUGCUAUGGAGAUCAGGGAUGUUAUUAUGGGAAAGCAGUUACUCUGCAGUGCACAAGGGAUGGGCAGUUUGUAUUGGUGGUUGCUCGAGACGCCACCAUGCCAGGCAUCAGUUUAGAGUCCAUCCACAUGCUGGAAGAUGACCCUGCUCACUGCGCUCCUGUCGGCAGCACUGGCAGCUUCGCCAUCUAUCAGUUUGCUGUGAGCACCUGCGGCACCACGAUGAAGGAAGAAAGAGGAUUUGUUAUUUAUGAGAACAAGAUGUCCUCUGUGUAUGAAGUGGGUCUGGAACCUCACGGAUCAAUUAUGAGAGAUGUUUAUGAGCUGAAGUUCCAGUGCAGGUUUUCAGCGACAGCAGUUGAAGCUGUGGUGAUUGAGAUGAAGACUCCUCCUUCUUCUCCUCCUCCUCCUGCUCCUCAUGUGUCUCAGCAGGGUUCACUCCAAAUGGAGCUCCGGCUCGCUCAUGGACUGUGCACAUCUAAAGGAUGCCCUGAUGAGGACAUGUACACUUCAUACUACUCUGACACGGACUACCCUGUUACUAAAACACUGAGAGAGCCUGUGUAUGCGGAAGUGCGCAUGCUGAACACGACUGACCCCAGUAUCACUCUGCACCUGGAGCACUGCUGGACCACAUCUAAUCCUGAAGCUCUGACCCAGCCACAGUGGGACCUCCUGGAGAACGGCUGUCCACAUAAUGAUCACCAUGAGCGGACCACCAUGCUUUCUGUGGCCUCUUCAGGGCUGCAGUUUCCAUCUCAUUACAGGCGUUUCAUUGUAAAUGUGUUCCCGGCUGUAGAUCAGUCAUCUCUGCCGCUACGGAUCUUCAUUCACUGCAUUACAUCUGUUUGCCAACCAUCUGAAACGGAGUCAUGUGAGCCCAUCUGUGACCACACGACAA